UGGUGCCUGUAAGAAGCCCAAGCAUCCCCUGGCCUGCGCUUCGGGCUCAGCAGGGCGGGGAUCCCGCCAGUCUUCCUGCCACGGCCCUAGCGCGCCCAGCCCGCUCCCAACUCCGCUCUUCAUAACCGCGCCGUCAGGGCCGCUCAGUUAGGAGCAGCGUGCUCUGUGCAUGCAUUCUCAUAAUCAAACCUCCCACAGCCCUGUAAGGCUGUUGUUAUUCCUAAACACAGAGAAGCAAGUGAAAAUUGUGAGGUUCUAAAACACAGGAAAGCCUCCUGGGCGAAGAAAAUUCUGUGGCGUCUCUGGACCUGAGAAUUUUUUUGUGUGCCAUGUCAAAGAAACGCAAAUGGGAUGAUGACUAUGUACGUUACUGGUUCACCUGUACAACAGAGGUUGAUGGGACCCAACGCCCACAGUGUGUAUUAUGUAAGUCAGUAUUUUCAAAUGCUGACCUCAGGCCCUCGAAACUGUCAGACCAUUUUAACAGACAGCAUGGUGGUAUAGCUGGGCAUGAUCUCCAUAGUCAUGUGCGAGCACCAUCUGAUCAGAGGGAAACCUUGAAAACACUUGGAGUUGCAUCUCAUGAAGAUGCCUUAUUACAAGCAUCGUAUCAGUUUGCAUAUUUAUGUGCCAAGGAGAAGAAUCCUCAUACAGUCGCUGAAAAAUUAGUGAAACCUUGUGCCCUGGAAAUAGCACAGAUAGUUUUGGGACCAGAUGCACAAAAGAAACUUGAACAGGUACCUUUGUCAGAUGAUGUGAUCCAUUCUAGAAUUGAUGAAAUGAGCCAGGAUAUCUUACAGCAAGUGCUAGAAGAUAUCAAAGCCAGCCCUCUUAAGGUGGGUAUUCAGCUUGCAGAGACAACAGACAUGGACGACUGCAGUCAGCUAAUGGCGUUUGUUCGAUACAUAAAAGAAAAAGAGAUUGUAGAGGAAUUCCUAUUCUGUGAACCACUGCAGUUAACCUUGAAAGGAGUAGAUGUGUUCAAUCUCUUCAGAGACUUCUUUCUGAAGCACAAGAUAGCACUUGAUGUUUGUGGCUCUGUUUGUACUGAUGGUGCCUCCUCUAUGCUGGGAGAGAAUUCAGAAUUUGUUGCCUAUGUGAAAAAAGAGGUGCCUCAUAUCGUGAUCACACAUUGUCUGUUGAACCCUCAUGCACUUGUCGUGAAGACAUUGCCUGUAAAACUGAGGGAGGCAUUGUUUACUGUGGUGAGGGUAAUAAAUUUCAUCAAAGGGAGAGUGCCGAAUCAUCGCCUAUUUCAGGCUUUCUUUGAAGAAAUCGGUAUAGAAUAUAAUGUCCUCCUUUUCCAUACAGAAAUGAGGUGGCUUUCCCGAGGCCAGAUACUUACCCAUAUCUUUGAAAUGUAUGAAGAAAUAAAUCAGUUUCUUCACCACCAAAGCAGUAAUUUAAUUGAUGGUUUUGAAAACAAAGAGUUUAAACUUCACCUAGCAUACCUUGCAGAUUUAUUCAAACACCUAAAUGAACUUAGUGCAUCUCUGCAAAGGACUGGGAUGAACACAGUAUCUGCUAGAGAAAAAGUGUCUGCUUUUCUUAGGAAGUUUCCAUUUUGGCAAAAACGAAUUGAGAAAAGAAAUUUUACCAGUUUUCCUUUUGUUGAAGAAAUAAUUAUCUCAGAUAAUGAAGGACUGUGCAUUGCACAGGAAAUAACACUGCAUCUCCAACAGUUGAGCAACUUCUUCCAUGGAUAUUUUUCUGUCGGAGAUCUUGAUGAGGCAAGUAAGUGGAUCCUGGACCCAUUUCUUUUUAACCUUGAUUUUGUCGAUGAUGGUUAUUUAAUGAAAAACGAUCUUGCCGAAUUACGAGCUAGCGGCCAAAUCCUAAUGGAAUUUGAAACAAUGAAGCUUGAGGAUUUUUGGUGUGCUCAAUUCACAGUGUUUCCGAACCUGGCAAAGACAGCUCUAGAAAUCCUUAUGCCAUUUGCAACUACGUACCUUUGUGAGCUGGGAUUAUCAUCACUUUUACACUUUAAAGCAAAGUCCAGAAGCUGCCUCAGUAGGAGUGAUGACAUCCGUGUGGCCAUUUCAAAAAAAGUUCCUCGUUUCUCAGACAUCAUUGAGCAAAAGCUACAGCAGAAGUCACUGUGAGCUAAUACACACUUUUUUUUUUUUUGGUACCAGGGAUGGAACCCAAGUCCUUGUGCUUGCGAGGCAGGCAGUGGAACCACUGAGCUAGAUCCCUGGCCCUACACACUUUUAAUGCAUACUUUUUAGUAUAUUCUUGAUAUCAUUGUUAAAUUUAGCUGAACUCUCUUUGCUUUCCUUUUAUAUUUAUGGUAUAGUGAAUUAUGUUUUAAAAUUUUUGCUACUUUAAAUGUUAAUGAGGCAUGUGAAAAUAAUGUUUUAAGAAUAAGAAAACUUGAAGGCAGUACCACUGUCUAGUAAACAUACAGAAUUUUUCUAAUUCUGAGUUUCUAUGUAACCUCUUGAUGCAAUGCAUAAAGAAAGACACCUAAGCAUAGAAUAUCAAGCUAAAUGAUACAGUAGCCUAGGAAUUGAGCCAAGAAAAAAAAGAAAAGACCUCCCAGGGGUCAAAUGACAAAAUGCACUUUUGUGGGCCUUUUUCUUUUUAUAGUAGUAAAAAUUCAGCCAGGGAGCUUGGGCAUUCAAGGAAAGUGCACCACCACUCAUCCCCAUCACUGUUUAGAGACAAAGUCUCACUAAGUUACUGGCCAGGCUGUCCUGGAAUUGAAAAGUUCCUGCCUCACCUUUUCAAGUAGAUGGGAUUGCAGGCAUAUACCGCCGUGCUUGGCCAAAGGACAGUUUUAACGAAAUGGCUAACAAGGGUUUUUAUUUUCAAAGUCUACAGCAGUUUAUUUUCCCCUGAAAAAGAAGUAUGUUGUUUGCUAAUUGAAGAAGAAAUUUUGAUUUUUUUAAUGUAAAAAACUCCCACAGUAAUGCAUAUAUUAGCACAUAUAACUCCUUCCUGCCAAGGAAUAGAUUUUUUUUUGUUGUUUUUGCUAUAUAAUUAAGGUCAUCGAUAAAUUCCUAAAAGGAUAUCAAUCAAAAUAGAGAUGUGAUCUUUGACCAGCAGAUGUUACUCUGCAGGUUUGGUUGAAUGCAAACUUGUAUCACAGAUCUCACUAUCUGAUUUUAAACAUGUCUACAAAGGUUGUUAGUGACUCAAAACUCCAACUUGAACCUCUGUUGGCUCAAAAUUAGAAGACAAAAACUGUGGUGGAGCCAGUAAUCUCUCUAAGAAAUCACUCCAAAGGCUGAAGCAAGAGGAUCACCAUGAGUUCAAGGUGAGCCUGAGCUACAUAGUAAGUUCAAGUCCA